ACGUUCCGGGGGAGCUUCAAAGAUCUUGUUUACAGAACGCAGAGAGCCUCUAGUUCGGCGGUGUUGCAUGUGAGGGGUCUGCACGGUGACGGUGAACAUAUAGGCUAGUAUACCGAUGGGAUAACGGAAUUCCUACCAGAGACACCCGCGCACAGACAGUUUUUGGUCGAUGUUACAGCUUUGAAGUACUUCUGCGAUGUUGUUAUAGUGACUGCAAAUGACAUUGCCGCAUUCCUUUUCUUUUUUAAAAGAAUUUACCGCUGAUAGUUUCGGUGAGGGCAGGUGUUGGGAAUAAGGCGAGGUUUUUGAAUUGUAUCGCUUCUGAAUCAUUUUGUGGACGGCGUGGACCAAAGGCACGGGACGAGAUGGAUACCGAAAAGUACUUACCGGAGCUGAUGGCGGAGAAGGACAAACUGGACCCCACGUUUCAUCACUCUCUACGAUUACUAGAUCAAGAAAUUGAACAAUUACAAAAAGAUGAAGGAAAAGAAGAAAAAGAAGAGGAGAAGUUCAUCGAUGUUGUCAUCAACAAGAACAUGAAGCUGGGCCAGAAAGUGUUAAUACCCGUCAAACAGUUUCCCAAAUUUAACUUUGUGGGCAAACUGCUGGGUCCACGCGGGAACUCACUAAAGAGACUACAGGAAGUCACGCUCACUAAGAUGUCCAUUCUGGGGAAAGGGUCAAUGAGAGACAAAGAGAAGGAGGAAGAGCUACGGAAGAGUGGAGAAGCCAAAUAUCAGCACCUGAACGAGGACCUCCAUGUCCUCAUAGAAGUGUUCGCUCCACCUGCAGAGGCCUACAACAGGAUGGGUCACGCACUGGAGGAGAUCAAGAAGUUCCUCAUACCUGAUUACAAUGAUGAGAUCCGACAGGCGCAGCUGCAGGAGCUGACGUACCUGAAUGGUGGCUCGGAGGAUGCCAAGGUGCCAGCGGUGAGGGGCAAGCUGCCUGUAGCACGGGGUAGAGGGACACCUGCCCCAGGACCCAUCAGGAGUCGAGGAGGUGUGCCCCCUCCCCACGCAGCCGUCCCCCGUGGAGCAGCACCGAGAGGGGCACCCCCCAGCCUGUCUCUUAUACACAUCUAG